AUGUGCAGGGACCGCAGCGCUUCCAAGACGAGCGAGCCAACGAAGCAGCCGACGGAAGCGGCGGGGAAAGUCCUUAUCAAUGUGUGGCAGCUGUCCGGAAAUCAGCUUCUAUCUGAGUACUUCAACCGGGAACACCCAGUCCGCGCCAUCUUUGAUCGGAUCAUCGCUCUCGGCCUCGGGAACCCAGAGCUGGCCUUUGAGAAUCGCAAGCUGGACCUGGAUGGCCUUGUGGGCCAUCAGGGCUUUGGUGAUGAGGCGACGCUCACCGCCGUUGCUCUUAAGAAUCUGGCUUUACGAAAGCCCUGCCGGAUGAGCAGCAACUACACCCACCCUGGGACCGAGGAAGCCCCAAGGGAGCGCUAUGCCGUGGAUGGCGACAGCAGUGAUGGCAGCUUGUGUGCCCAUACCUUGGCUGACAAGCAAGCUUGGUGGGAGGCUAUGGCCCUUCUGGGUACUGAUCUCGAAGGAUCCAUUCCCGAGCAAAGUCUCAUCGCUGAAGGCCUCGCGGCGAAUGGCCUGCGCCAAAAUCCGGUGUCAGGCACCAGAAGGGGACACCCUGGAAGUGCAGAGGAAGAUGAUCCUCCCAAUUGCUGGCAGGGGACGUUACGUCCGGGUCCAGUUGGAGCGACAAGAGUGCCUUCAGCUUACACAGUUGGAGGUGCAAACUGA